CCGACUGACUACUCGCCGAACACCCUCCCAGCCACGGUUGAGAAACUGUCCCCAUUCCUCGCCUAUGCGCCAUACAUCUUAUAACUUUCAGGCCAUUCACCUCAACUAACAUAUCCUCAUCUUACCCAUUGCGGCAAAAUCAGCAACAUGUCACCAUCUGCCGAAUCAAGUUCUCAGGCGUACAGCGCCCCGGGCUCCCGGUACCCUCUAGUUCCAGGUUUCUAUGUCCCGACUGUCGCCUUUUUCAUGCCUGAGGACACGGUAGAUGAGUCUACCACUACAGCGCAUGCGCUUCGUCUGGCCAAGGCUGGAGUCACAGGAAUUGUUACCCACGGUUCCAAUGGUGAGGCCGUCCAUUUAGAUCACCAGGAGCGCUCGCUCAUCACCAAGCUCACCCGCAAGGCGCUUGACGGCGCUGGAUAUACCAACAUGCCCGUCAUUGUCGGCUGUGGUGCUCAGAGCACGCGAGAGACGAUUCAGCUAUGCAAGGAAGCGGCAGAGGCUGGGGGCUCUCACGUUCUUGUCCUCCCCCCGGCCUACUACGGCGGGCUCCUCUCGUCUGAUCUCAUCAAGGCUCACUUCCGAGCCGUCGCCGACGCAUCGCCUAUCCCCGUCCUCAUCUACAACUUCCCCGCUGCCUGCGGCGGGUUGGAUCUCAGCUCAGACGUCAUUCUUGACCUAGCCAAACACGCAAACAUCCAGGGUGUUAAGUUGACGUGUGGCAACACCGGCAAACUCGCCCGCGUCGUUGCCGGCACAGCUGGCACGGAAUUCCGCACGUUCGGUGGCAGUGCUGACUUCACCGUGCAAACCCUAGCCGUUGGCGGUCACGGUAUCAUAGGAGGGUUGGGCAACGUUGCCCCGGUGGCGUGUAUGGAGGUUUACAAGAGAUGGCAAGCCGGCAAGCAGGACAGUGCACGGGAGCUUCAAGAAGUCGUGGCCAGGGGAGACUGGACGGCUAUCCAGGGUGGCUUUGUCUCGGUCAAGGUUGGGUUACAGAAAUACUACAGCUACGGUGGGGAGCCAAGAAAACCUUGUGCCUUGCCAAAGGGCGAGAAGUUGACAGCGCAGGAGGAAGGAUUUGCAGAGUUGGUUGCGACAGAAAAAGCUCUAACAAAUUGAAUAUGGCAGGCAGUAUAGAGACAAUAUAAAUUAAUGAACGAACACAGAGCACGUGUUUCGCAUGCAUCCGCGUCAUAAAAGUGACCUGUCAUUUAUUUUCCGGGCGACACAAGCAAGUGAUAGAGGGUGCCGCUAAGCGCACAACAGCUCCGGAUUAACCAGUUUUAUCCAUUG